AUGUCGAACUUGGCAAAGCUCGAAUUUGUUGCACUUGACAUCUCCGGAAAGAACUACCUUUCAUGGAUCAAUGAUGCUGAGGUUCAUCUUGAGGCUAUGAACCUAGGGGAAACCAUUAAGGAAGGCAAUGAGGCAUCCUCUGUGGAUCGAGCGAAAGCCAUGAUUUUUCUCAGACGCCACAUACAUGAAGGCUUGAAGUGUGAAUACCUUAUUGUCAAGGAUCCGUUGGCCCUUUGGGGAAAUCUCAAGGAAAGAUAUGACCAUCAGAGGACAAUUAUUCUUCCUAAGGCUCGCCAUGAUUGGAUGCACUUGCGUCUACAAGAUUUCAAAUCAGUGGCUGACUAUAAUUCUGCUCUGUUCAGAAUUAGCUCUAAGUUACGACUUUGUGGAGAAAAUAUAACUGAUGCAGACCUAUUGGAGAAAACUUUCACCACAUUUCAUGCCUCCAAUGUGGUUUUGCAACAACAAUAUCGAGAACGAGGUUUCCAGAAGUAUUCAGACCUCAUAUCUUGUCUACUUCUAGCUGAACAGAAUAAUGAGCUUCUGAUGCAGAACCAUCAGUCCCGUCCAACUGGAUCUGCACCAUUCCAUGAAGUGAAUGCUGCCUUGGCACCAUCUCAUGAGGCAUAUGCUACCUCAUCACAUGGCGACCGUCGUCGAGGACGUGGUCGUGGUAGGGUUUAUGUGCCAAUUGCACCCCCACAACGCACUAAAAUGGGUCCUCAACGUCGAUUGGGAAUUUACAUUGGUUUUGAUUCACCAACUAUCAUUCGUUAUCUCGAACCUAUGACAGGAGAUACUUUUACAGCACGUUUUGCGGACUGUCACUAUGAUGAGACAUUCUUCCCGCCGUUAGGGAGAAAAUACCGUUCCUGA